AUGAAGGAGGCAGUGCCGGUGGGCAACGGCUGUCCAGUGACCGCACCGUGGCCCUGCCAGCAGUACUCAUUCUGCCUCUCCUUCGCCUUUGUAUGCGACGGCGAGAUCGACUGUCCCGAUGGCUACGACGAGAAUCCGCGUCUCUGUGUUGCAAAGAAUCGUCCAGCCGUGGCUCUACUCGAGGGCUUUAUAAGAAAGUACCGAGACUGGCUGGUACCCAAGUAUUUGGGAGACGGAGAGACAAAAUUCAUAGCCUACAAUCUCGCAAUCAAAGAGGCGGUUUAUGAUACUGAAUAA